AAAAUUUUUAGGCAAAAUGUAGGAAAAUAUUAAUUUAAUUAUUUUUUUAUAUUCUUUUUAGGAGAAGACAAAGGAUGCUGCUGAUUUUAGGUGGAUUAUCGGAAUGGGAAUUUCGAUGCAAUAAAAAAAAUGAGGACAUCAUCAUUUAUGGCAAUGGAUUAAAGAUUCCCAUCUUUAUAUUCAAGUCGAAAAGAAAAAUGCUGAAAUUACAGGAUUCCAGGAAAUAUCAAAGAAAAUGCUUUAAUAAUUUCAUUCGAAGUGCCAAAGGAAAAAAGAAUUUGUUGUACCAAAGGUCAUACCAAUUCAUGGACCUCAUUCAACUUCUUUUUGAGAAGAGAAAGAUAAAUAAAAAGUUAUGGGAAUUCAAAUGGAUAGAUACCAAAAUUAUUGAGACCAACUAAAGUGAAAGUCUUGACGACUGGCUUAAAUUACUCAACAAAUGAGCAUCACAACAAAAAGUGCACUACAAGAUUUCUACAUCAACAACGACGACAGCAACAAAUGUGAGCAGAAAUAUCUGGGUGAGUAAGACAAAGCAAAAUAUAAAAUAUUAACAAAGUAGAUAGUAGUGCUAGUAUAAAUAAAUAAGAUUCGAUAAGGCAUAUUAUUUUUCCAUUAAUGCAGAAUUCUGUGGUAAUAACACAUAAGUAUUUAGUUAACUAUAAUUGCAAGGUCCUAAAUAACUUGUUAUUAUCACGGAAUUCUAAUGAAUUGUGUUUGGCUUGGUUAUAGAUUGUAUCAUGGUCAAAUCUGGUGUUUCUGUACAAUCAAUCAUUCAUAUCAUAGCCCAUUAGGAUCUGCUUUAAGAAUGAACAAUUACAUGUUGGUCUGCCAAUAUGUAUAGUACAAUUAUUUAACUUUGGUUUCGACUUACUGUAAGAUCGGACUAAGAAGCAUGUUAUUACCUUAGGUGUCUAAUAACCUCUAGCUUUGUAUGGCAUAGUUCCCCAAAAGUUCUGAUGAGGUUGCACCUAACAAUAGGGUAAUGACGGUUACAAAUGUAACCAGCUAGAAACGUAAGUUUUUAGUCGAACCAAACAAAUAAUUAUUCAUUCUAAAAGCUAUGGAUUUCACUGGUUUAUGACAAGAAAGAAAGAUAGUACAGAACCCAAUACUGCUCAUGAUACCUCUAUAACCCCGCCACACAGUAAUUCAUUGCAAUUAAAUAAGAAAAUAAUUUCAAGAAAAAUAUGCGAUUAGAUCUAGCUAAUGACCGCGACGGUACUAAAAACAAAAGACGUAACAACUUCAAGAAAAACUUUUCAUUACAUGACCAUCACCGCAUAUGUUUUCGACCUUGUUUCACUGAGAUAACUCUAAAUUCUGGAUUAAUGCCUUUUUAAUGAGAACAUCUAGUAUUUCAUUAUGAGAUACUGAUGAUAUAAGACAUUUUAUUUUGCAACAACUUGCUGUAAGAUCGGUCUCAGAUGGAUGUUACCAAUCUAAAUGACUAACAGUUCCCAGUCCUUAAUGGCAUAGUUCCCCAGGGCGUUACUAAGGAAUUGCAUUUAUAGUUUGGUGACGGUUACAAAAGUAACCCGCUUAGAAACGUUAGCGUUUAGUUGGCAAAACAAUGCACAAAAAUCAUUUUCAAGGCAUAGUUCUAAAAUUAAAAAUUAUUUCAAUAAAACACGGAAGAAUUCGACAUCGGUAAUUCGUUAUCAAUAAAGACAUGAAAAGAAAAAGAUUUUCUUUUCUAAAACGCACGGACUCGCUUGGACAGAAAUGUUAGGACUAGAACCACCAAAGAUAUUAAGGCUAUUGCUUUAAAUCUUUGGCAUGAAAUACCCCUAACGAUUUCCCCUGAGUAUCCUCGACCUCAUACAAACUAUUCCCUACUGGUCUUACAAUCCGACAUUUAAGAAAUUUUCGAGCAAAUUUAGCAUUAAAAUUAUUCUUAAAGUCGCUUUGUUGGAAGUUGCGACGGUACACUUCCUGACCGGGUAUGAAUUUAACCUGCCGACAGCGCGUGUUAUAAGUUUUCUCGUUUCGAGCGUAGGCCUUAUGUAGAUUUUCGCGUAUCUUUUGCCGGAUAAGUUCCAUUCUGGCUGGCUUAGGAAUGACGUUCGUUUCCGCGUCGUUUAAACUUUUGAGUUUACGCGCCAAACUAUACACACUACCAUGUCCAAUCAUAUUCAUACCAAAUAAGGCAAAAUAUGGCGUUAUACCAAUCGAUGUCUGCACCGAAGAUCUUAAUGAAAACUCAAUUUCUGACAAAUGCUUGUCCCAUUCGGUGUGGUCACCUUGCAAAUACGAUCUUACGGCUGCGAGAAUCGAUUGGUUCACGCGUUCUGACGCGUUCGCUUGUGGUGAGUGUAUAGCUGUGCGAAUAUGUUUAACCCCAAAGUUUUUUACCAUAUCCUCAAAUUCCUUGCUCACAAACUGUUUUCCGUUGUCGGAUACAAUUGUUUCCGGAGUACCGAAUUUGUGAAAAACCUCCGAAAUUAAAAAUUUUAUGACGUUUUUAGCGUUGGCCUUCGGCAAGGCUUUCAAGAAAACAUAUUUUGUGAGGUGGUCUAAAACGAUAAAAAUGUACACGUUUCCGUUUUUAGAUCGCGGGUAAGGACCAAGAAAAUCUAUGAAUAUACGCUGGAAUGGUCUCUCACUUCUUGUUUCGGCACCCAUUGGUGGCCUAAGCGUUAUAUUCGCAGGUUUAACUUCCUUACAAGUCUGGCAGUUUCUCACGAAAUUUCUAACAUGCACAUUCUGAUUUGGCCAAUAAAAAUAUUCUUUUACUCUAUGUAGAGUCUUACCGAUGCCUCCAUGAGAAGCUUGUGGGGAGUCAUGACUCGUCUUUACGAUAUCUUCAGUCAGCUCUAAAGGUACCCACAAUUUCCAUGCAAAAUCUUCACUAAUAGGCUCUCCGGUAUAUGGCUUGGUGCGUUUAUAGAUAAAACCGUCGACGACCUUUAAAUCGGGUAAUUGUUCCGAGUUUUUCUCUAUGGUACUUAUCAAAUUCAAAUAUUCUUCCGACCGAAAAGCGUCCGAGUUCAUAUCGACGAGCUUGGGCACGUUUAGCGAGAUUUCGUCCAUAUCGUAGCGCGACAGGGUAUCGGGUACCACAUUUUGCUUCCCCUGCCUGUGCUCAAUCGUAAAAUCAUAGGAUUGUAAAUGUAGACUCCAUCUAGCUAAACGACCAGUUAAGUCCUUAUGACUCAUGAGCCAUUUCAGACUGCUGUGAUCCGUAAUGACAGUAAAUGGCAUCAAUUCUAUAUAGGGCCUAAACUUCUUAAUCGCCAGGACUACAGCUAAGCAUUCACGUUCAGUCACUGAGUAAUUUUUCUGCGCUGAUGUUAACUUGUGUGAAAAGUAUGCAAUUGGGUGUUCUCCCUCAGAAUUAUCUUUCUGAAAAAGGACUGCCCCAAUGCCUACAUCAGACGCAUCACACUGAAUGUAAAAAUGCUUAUUGAAGUCAGGAUGGUUAAGAAGCGGACUCGAAAUCAGAGCUUCCUUGAGGCGAUCAAAAGCGACUUUAGCUUCCUCCGAAAACUUGAAUUGCUUACCCUUCUUCAGCGUUUCAAAGAUUGGAGCCGCGAUGGUAGCAUAGUCUGAUAUAAAUUUUCUAUACCAGCCUGUUGCUCCCAUGAAACUUCGCACCUGUCUUGCUGACUUAGGAUAAGCAAAACGAGUUAUUGUUUCCACCUUAGCCGGAUCAGGUUUUAGUUUGCCGCCUCCUACUAUAUACCCUAGAUAUUUUAAUUCCUUAAAGCAAAAUUUAGAUUUCAUCACAUUGAUGGUCAGUCCUGCGUUUGCUAAACAAAUAGAUACACGUUUCAGCAAAUCCAGAUGUGUCUCGAAUUCUGGAGACACUAUCAAAAGAUCAUCUAGGUAGACGAAAACCCUAUCACGAAGUGCUGCGGGGAUCACUUUAUCCAUUAGACGGCAUAACCUUUGGGCAGCAUUACACAACCCAAAAGGCAUGACCGUAAAAUGGUAAAGUGGUCGUCCUGGCACCGUGAAUGCGGUUUUCUCCUUACUAGAUGAGUCAAGUGGUAUCUGCCAGAACGCGUCUUUCAGGUCGACACUAGAGAUGUAUAUAGUGUCUCCCAAACGACUGAGCAAACCUUCAAUGUGCGGCAAUGGAUAGGCAUCCUUGACGGUCAGUGCAUUGAGCUUACGAGCGUCCAGGCAUAACCGGUUCUUCUCGCCCUUGCGGACUAGAGUAACUGGGUGACUCCAUGGGCUCUCACUAAGCUCAAUCACACCGAGGUCAAGCAUCCUAUCCAGCUCCGCGAACAUUAAUUUUUGCACAGCCGGAGAAACAGGAUAGUGACGAUCUUUUACUGGAUUAGCAUCACGCGUAUCUAUCGAAUGCUUUUCUAAAUUUGUUUUGCCUAAUCCUUUCUUACUAAAGCAGGGGAACAUCGAUAUGACUAAAUCUAAUUUUUGUUGCUGAUCAUCUGUCAGCUUAUGGGUCACAAUAUCUACGGUAUUUUCCGCCUCUUCACAGAGACUAAUUCCAUUAGUCGUAAGACUAUCUAUACAGGCAAACAUUUUAAAAACCUUCAUGAAAUCGACACCCAAGAAAAGCUCUCGAUUCAAAGUAGGCACUAGAUAAAAAUCGAUAACAUUUACCGUAUUAUGGAACGAAACUUCUGCCCUAACUCGGCCGACUAUGGGAUGGACUGUUCCAUCCGCUGUUUUAAUAACAGUUCUGAAGUCUUUUAUCGCGAGACCGGUUUUGGCAAUAAACUCCAGACAAUUCUUUCCGAGACACGUUACGGUAGCGCCACUGUCGAGAAGACCCACUAUCUCUUGACCACCUAUAUUGAUUUUUGUAUAAAGUCGAGAAUCUUCACCUUCGUAAAGCGAAGCUGACGCGAUCUCGUUACGCAGUCUUUUCCUAAUUCUGUAUCGUUCGCGGGCCUUUUUAAUCUUAUUUGGUACUUUGCC